GACCUGUCUUCCAAACAACACAACGCACACAAGCAGCACACAUCAAUAAUCGUCGCCAUCAUCUCAAGACUUUUUUUUCCUUUUCUUUUAGUCAACCUACUGUGGAUCAUCCAAUCAGCCCCACAGAUUUUUUUUUUCUUUUCUCCCGUAAAAAUCACGAAAGAUUCUUCAGCCAUACCGACUCCUAGCACAAUAAUCAAAAAUGAUGCGCCCUAUUCAUGGCCCAACCUCCCCUACUGCCUUCGUCGAAUCCUAUGACAACACGGGUGCAGGCAAGAACAACUCUAUCAGUAGCACUUCCAAUAAAAGUAAAAAACCCUCUUCGGCAAUGCAUGGCAAAGGAAAGAAAGAAAAGCACAUCAGAACAAGGGAUAAAGACAAGGAAACAGGCGAAGGUUUUAGAGAUAUUAAAAGUAUGAUCAGCACCAGCAUGAUGACGACAACAGCUUUCCUUGGCCCUCUCCCACAGCAGCAGCAGCAGCAGCAGCAAGCACAGCUGCGACUAGGUCGCGAGCGUAGUGGAAGUGUAGCAAGUAGCUUGCGAAGCGCCCAAAGCACAAAUAGCUCAUUGAGUAUCCUCCGCCGUAGUAGUGUGGAAACUAGUAGCAUUCACAGCAAUAGCACACAACAGUCGCACCGAUCAAUUGACACCUCUUUAAGCCAUCAUCAUCACCACCAUAUCAGACUUCCCUCUUUCCUCAAAAGACGAAAACAAUCAAACCCAGCCUCCUUUGCUCCCGAAUCCUCUUCAUCACAAAAUCCUUCCUCUCCCUCUCCCUCUCUUACUCCCAUCGCUCCCUCUUCUUCCGCUUCCUCUUCCUUGUCCUCAUCCUCAUCCUCUUCUUCCCUCACACCUGCGUCGAAGCAGCAGCAGCAGAAACAGAAGCACAAAGUCACCAUGGUCCCCCAGCAUGACAUCCACAUCUCUUGGCCACAUCCUGUCCAAAGUGGUAAUGCCUUUGUGGCAGGCACCUGGUCAAUUCCUGGGCACGGACCAUGGGAGAAAUUACCCAUGACACUUGUCCCAGGAACAGAUGCUCUGUAUGAGAUUUAUCUCAAUGUGCAGGAGGUUGAAGAUGUAGACAAUAUCAACGAAGACGGAUAUCUCCACCACGAAUUGCUCAAUCAUCAUGAACUUGAGCACAAUACCUCCUCCCUGACCACCCCUACUUUUUCCAAGCGUAUAGCCCGCUUCUUUGGACGCUCACGAUCAUCCUCAAAUGCCUCUACUUCAUCCAACAACACACUCCAUGAUAAACUCAGAGAUUUUCAAAAUGACCCGCCUUAUCAUCACCAGCUGAGCAAAGAUGGGGUUAUUCUACCGAUGACUCGCCAAUACCGAUAUCAGUUCAAGUUUGUGAUCGAUGAUGAAUGGAAGUGCGAUUCACAAAGAAAACAAGUUCAAGAUGAUCAGGGCCAUUGGAACCAUGAACUUAUUGUUGACCUUGUCGAGCAGAUUCAACUCACUUCACCUAAUCGCAGUCGAAGUUCGAGUCUGCAGAGCGAAGGCAGCGUCACUGCCACAACAAGCACUCCUUUGCCAGCCAUCUUGAACCAUGAAGAAGACAAGAUCAAUUCCACUAGCCUCACCUCUAAGAAUGCGGCGAGAGAAAAUGAGGAGACUUCAUCAUCCCUUGCUCCUGCCACAACAGCAUCUAGUGUGAGUGAAACUACAGCCCCUCAACUUCCAGAUCUUGUAAACCCGCAAGCCCCUUCAGACACAUUCACAGAGGAAUUGGAUUUAAAAGGCGCAGUUGAAAAUGACCAAGACCGAUCAAAAGACAGUAGUGAUAACAACAGCAAGAGUGAUACACAGUCAGACGAUGACAGGGAGGGUAUUAUUGGUCAUGAUGUGGCCGCUGAUGUUGUGGCACCCCAACAAGAUAAAGAGCAACAUCAACCCCAGCAUGAACACGACGACCAACAUGAUACAACAGCUCCUACUCCUGACCAAGAUAUCAAGCCUAAUUCCCUUCCUUCGACCCUGUCUCAACAUAAUGUCAGCACUAAGGCUCCCAGAACUCCCCUUGGAGUCCAAACAGAUGCCUCUGCUAUCAGCGGCGCAACUGGUGCAGCCACAUCAUAUUCCCAAGUUCCAUCCCCACCUCUGACACCUUCAAACGCAACCGCUCCUAAGGAUCAAUCAAGUCUCGAGGACGAAGAGAUUGAAGAAGAGCUGCAUCUGGAGGAGCAUUACCGCCAGCAGCCAGAAUCAUUUGAAUCCCCACUGACACCGCGAUCUGAGGCACCUUCGCAAGGACUCACGAUGUUUAACAAGAUAAUGACAAGGAUAGUGGAUGAUGGUGAGAAGGUAGAGAAGAAGGAGAUGGAAAAGGAAGAGGAGGAGAAAGAGGAUAAAUCGGGUGAUGAUGAGGCGUUCAAGAAACUCACUGAGGAAUGUCCAUCAGGGUCCUCCUCGUCUUCAUCCAGGCAUGAGUUACACGAGUCUGAAACAGUGCAGAGUGAGAAGAAACGACCUGAACUGCCAGAGCAAUAUCCCGGUCUGCUCUGGAGUAUCUGUAAGACUACAGCUGUGGUCUCAGCAGCAGUUGUUGUCAUUGGAUUAGGCUUUGGUCGCAAGAAGAAGGACUCUGAAUCAUCAAUUCGAGUCAAGAGUGACCAAGCCAAGUCGAACUAAGCGAGAAUCAAUGGUCUCACUGUACUCUGCAGUAGAUUCCAAAAGAAAAAAAACUUCAAGAACCAUACUGAUACCACCAUAACAAAAUAUGUAACGAACGCACUAUCAUUUUCGAUAACCUACUCCUCAAUAGUCAAAUAUACUCUAUACUUCUUACCUGAACCAAAUAAAUGAAUAAAAAUCUCCACUAUGGUGGCUGAUUGUGUUAUGACCAAG